AUGCCUAUCAUAUUCAAGAAUAUUAAAUCAUUGACUGCUCGUUGUGGAUCAAAUAGUUCUACAAGAGGAUUUGAUAAACAACCUUUUUUAAAGUUGUAUACACCUCAAUUCAUAUCAAGUUUCAAAAACUUGACAUCACUCAAUUUAGAACGCUAUGAAGUUCGAUUCGAUCUAAAUGUAUUCUUGGAUGCGCUGGCAAAGACAACUAAAAGACAACUGGUAAAACUAAUACUUCCACCAUUAUGGCGUGAUGAACAUAUUCAACUUGACAAGACAUUAGCCAACAGAAUUAUCAACAGCAACAUUGUACCACCACAACAAAUGCCAAAGCUCCAAACAUUCCACGCAUCCAAAUCAUAUAUUAAUGAUUAUAAUUUGAAUGGUACCAACAUUACCAAACUGGUUUGUAGUCAUAACAUAUUGGGUCAUCUUUAUUUUUCUGGCGAUAUUCCAUCAACCACCAAAACCAUUAAAUUCAGAGAGUUCUACACAAGAGAUCUUGAAAAAAUUGGUGGAUUGAAAAUCCAAACACUAGUAAUUCAAAGUCUAAAGCAAAUCACAGAUACAAUGAUCAAUUGGUUAGCAAACAAUGGAUAUCGAUACCGUGGAGCAAUAUUUAAAAAACCACUAACUAGACAAUUUACAUUUACAAAACUAAAAACAAAAAAGGUUCCACAAAUAACAAUUGAACAACCAAAAACAAAGUUGGAUUCUAAAGGAAAUCUGGUUUACCUAGUCUCUUCUGAAUAA